AUGAACGGCGAGGGCGCUGCAGAAACUCUAGAGGUGACAGCAAAGGAUGUCCGGGACGCAUGUAUUUCAGUCAAGACCCAGCAAGCAUAUCGCAGCAGCCUUCGUGCGAUGUCCAAGUGGAUUCGUGAUACGAAGAUGGAGCAAGCACCUACUUUCUUUGACGCUAGUGGUAAUAUUGACUUGGACCGCUUCACUCUGGAUGAGUUCGACUCGUUUCUCAUGGAGAAGAGGAAGAAUGUGGGCGUCAGCACGCUCAACGGGUAUCGCAGCGCGCUGAAAGACUUGUAUCGACGUCAAGAUGUCCCCCUACCAAAUACAUUUGAGAAGAAGAUGGCUACACUUUUUUCAGGACUUAAGCGCAUGCAAGCAACUAAAUAUCAGUCCGGUGCACCAAAAGAAUCUGGAAAAGAGCCUCUUCCGUACUCACUCUAUCAGCAGCUAUGCAAAGCUACGCUUGUGCACCAAGAUGCAGGAUAUCUAGGCUAG